ACUGGGAGGGUAUACGUUGCAGACGGGGGACGGGUGGGCUGGAUUGUGAUAGCGACAGAUGUCUAGAAAACUGUGGGGAGGCACUCCUCAGUUCCCUACACAGUCCCACACUGCACCUCGGAGGCAGGGGCGGAAUCCGCAGCUGUCACUCCAAAGGUUUACCUCCAUUAGCACAUCCAACCGGCGCCUGGAAAAGAAGCCCAAGUGAUCCCUCUCGAGACAUACAGGAGACAUCAUGGGAGGCAAACUGAGCAGAAAGAGAAAGGGAUACGAUGUGAGCGAUCCAAAGGAGCCGAAGGAUGGGGCCCCUGCGACUGCUGGUGAUGCGGAAGAGUCAGCUAAAGUGGAGGACGGAGCCCCACCCGCAGAAGCUAGUGUGACCGCUGAGGCAGGCAACGUGAUAGAGGAAGCUGUGGGGUCAGCUGUGGCAGCAGUAACUGAAGCUGUGCAGGCUCCAGAGGAGCCCAAAUCUGCACCUCCAGAGGAACCAGCUGCUGCAGCUGCAAAGGAGCCUGCUUCUGCAGCUCCAGAGGAACCAGCUUCUCUAGCUGCAAAGGAACCUGCUUCCGCAGCUCCAGAAAAACCAGCUGCUCCAGCUGCAAAGGAACCUGCUUCUGCAGCUCCAGAGAAACCAGCUGCUCCAGCUGCAAAGGAACCUGCUUCUGUAGCUCCAGAGAAACCAGCUGCUCCAGCUGCAAAGGAACCUGCUUCUGCAGCUGCAGACGAACCAGCUACUUCAGCUCCAGAAAUAUCAGCUCCUGCAGCACCAGAGGUACCAGCUCCUUCAGCUCCAGAGCAACCAGCUCCUGCAGCUCCAGAGGAACCAGCUACUGCAGCUCCAGAGCAACCAGCUCCUGCAACUCCAGAGGAACCAGCUACUGCAGCUCCAGAGGUACCAGCUCCCACAGCUCCAGAGGAACCAGCUACUGCAGCUCCAGAGGUACCAACUCCUGCAGCUCCAGAGGAACCAGCUACUGCAACUCCAGAGGUACCAGCUCCCACAGCUCCAGAGGAGGCAGCACCUGCAGAAGAGAAGGGGGAUCCAGUGGCACAAGAAGAAGCUCCUGUAGUAGUCAAACCAGCUUCUACAGAAGAGAAGGCAGCUUCAGUGGCACAAGAACAAGCUCCUGCAGUAGAAGAACCAAUUCUUGCCGAAGAGAAGGCAGCUGCAGGUGCACAAGAACUAGCUGCAACAGUAGAUGAACCUGUUACAGCAACAGAGGAACCCGCUGCAGCAGCAGUAAAGUCAGCAUCAUUUGGAGAGGAACAGGCCCCUGUAGAGCUCCCGGAGGUUACAACAGCAGUAGCAGAAGAAGAACCUGUGGCCAUUAAGGUUGAGUGUGAAGCUGCACCUGAAGAGAUCAUUGUAGAAGAACCUGCUACAGCUGAACAAAUUGUUCCAGAGCCAAAGGUUGUUCCUGUCAGCACAGUGGAAUCACUCAAGGACCAAGAGCCAGAGACAAUCCCAGAGACUGUUAGUGAGCGAGAAGCCACUUUAGAGGCGACAGUGGUCCCCGCUGCUGUCCUUGAAUCUGAGCCAAUGGCUGAGCCAGCUGCAGAGCAGCAAGCCCCAGAACAAGAGCCGGCAGCAGAGCUUGAGUCAAGGCCACAAGAAGAAUCAUUGGAAGCAUCCGAGCCAGAACGUGAGGCAGAAGCACCAGAGCCGGAGCUUGAACAGUUACCAGAGCCAGAACCUGAGAAAGUACUACAGCCAGAGCCUGAGCAGGUGGCCGAUGCAAUAGAAUCUGCAGCAGAGGAACAAGUAGGAGAAUUUGCACCAGAACCAAUCAAGGUAACCGAGGUUACUGAAGUCGACAAUGCGGAAGCAGAAUCAGUUGAGCUCGUGGCGACUGCAGCAGAGAAGGUCCCCACUGAUUAUCAGCCUGUAGAAGAAGAAUCAGUACGUAGCACCGAGGCAGCACCUGAGCCAGAAGCAGCAGAACCUGUCCCUCAGAUAGUCAUCUCAGAGUCCGUCUCUGCCACCGAAAUUACGGCUGAUUCCGAAGAGGUAGCUGAGGCCCCAGUGGAAGAGGUGUCUUUCCCGGAGCCUGAGGAAGAAAACAAGAUGGAAAACGGAGAUAUAAAGAGCCCUUCUGGUACUGAGGAUGUGGUGGAAGUGGAUGCACAUCCAGCUGUGAAUGGAGAGUGCACACAUUCAUCCGCCCCACAGAUAGAGGGAUGUGUUAACGGUAAUGAGAAGGAAGACGAGAUGCCUAUCAAGGAGCAGAGUGACUCUGAACUGAAAAAGGAGGCAAACCUGAGCGGGGAUGUCCGCGAUGUUCCCGAUGCAGUCGCUGACAUGGCAGACGGUCUCAGCACUGAGAUCACCCAGGCAGUCUGAAAAAGAAGAUCUUUCGAAUCAAUGUGAAUUCAGUUUAAUCCUCUGAUGGUGCGAGAAAGCCAUCAAGCUAUCACAAACACAGCUAGGCUUUCUGGAAUGCUCCAACCACUGCAACCUCUAUAGUGGUAACUGAGGCAAAAGGAAGUUUUCUUUCGAGAAACCAAAAAUGAAAUGUAACCACUUCAGGAUAGCAGGAGAGCGAGAAUAACAGGAAGGAAGAUGGAAGUGCAGAGAGGAUGAAUUUGGAAUUGGAGGUUGAGUGCAGACAGAGUGUGAAACUGAGCAGCGGAGCAAAACUAUUGGGCAGUAAAUAUGAUAUUAAUGAAUGGAAGGAAUACAUUUGUCUUUGUGUGAACGCCCGAGGAAUGUUACAGAGUGGUUUUACAGGAACAGCUUUCAUUAUUAGUAUAUUAUCUGAUUUAGAAUGUCAUGUAUCCUUUCUAUUACUGUAUGCGGAGAUGUGACGUAAACAUUUGGCCUUUUAUAAUAAUGGUACCUGUGAGGACUGUUCAUUUUAAAUUGAUUGUUCGGAAUAGAGAAUAAAACGAGAUUGUUAUAUCCUA